ACUGAGCAGUUGUAAAAGUGUUGACAUGUCAGAGGAGGAGCGGUAAAGGUUUACAUUGGGGGAGGGUAGAUGUGUGCAGUAUAAGAGUACAGAGCCAUCACAAGCUGCACCGGACAAGGUUUUUCCUUCAUUAACAUCUUGUGAAAUACUGAAUUGAGCCACACAUUAAGAAAAACAGCAGCAACAGCCAUGAAGUUCCAGGCUCUGUUCGUUCUCCUGUUCCUCACCUGCAUGUACCUGAGUGUUGCGCAAGGCUCGUACGGUGACUGCUGCCUCGGCUACGUAGAAAAGCUGAGACCAAGGGCAAAGAAAAACAUUGAAAGUUACAGGAUCCAGGAAACAGAUGGUGAUUGCAACAUGAGAGCUGUUGUGUUUGUGUUUAAGAAGAGGUCUUCACAAUCAAAACUGCGGACUGCCUGCGCCAAUCCAAAUGAACUUUGGGUCCAGGAGCUUACUGACGCUGUGGAUAGGAGAAAUGCAAUAAUCAAUUAGACCACUAAAAGGAAAGAGACGAGAUGACUGGGAGUCAAGCAGAUGUUUCACCUCUCUGUCAUAUAUCAUUUUUAACCAGAUGGACUUAGUUUGAGCUGAUUUGGUAUUUCCUGUUGUAUGUACACAGUUCACUAUAACACGAACAUGCUAUAUCUACAAUGUUAGAGGCAGUAGAGCGAAUUUCAUUUAUAUGAGCCAUCACUAUGAUACUGUUCACUGCUCUGUGGAUAUGUAAUGCCUGCUAGGAAUGAGCCACUGUUUGGCAGCUUUGAAAUGUAUUUGCAGAGUGUAUAAGUAUAUAUGUGUGUGAUGUAUAUGUAAAAAAUAAUACUGACAGAUUUUCUUAUUUUUUAUAUCAGCAUUAUAAGUAAACUUUGUGUUUUUUCUGUAUCAAAUAAAGACUACAUAAAAAGACA